AUGGCGCUGGCGCUGCUGCGGGCACGGCCCCGCGGGGCCGCCCUGGCUGUCCUGGGCUCGGCCCUGCUCCGCCGCCCCGCCGCGCUCGGUGCCGCCGCCGCUCGCUGCGUCCCGGUCCGCGACAGCCACGGCCCGCCCGCCCAGGGACACGGCAGUUCCAAGGCUGCAUCUUUGCACUGGACAGGGGAGCGAGCUGUCAGUGUGCUGCUGCUGGGGCUGCUGCCUGCAGCCUACCUGUGCCCUGGACCGGCUGUGGAUUAUUCCCUGGCUGCAGCCCUCACCCUGCACGGCCACUGGGGUCUGGGCCAGGUAAUCACUGAUUAUGUGCAUGGAGAUACACCCAAUAAAGUGGCCAACAUGGGGCUGUAUGUCCUGUCUGGCCUGACCUUCGCUGGCCUCUGCUACUUCAACUACCAGGACGUGGGCAUCUGCAAGGCUGUGGCCAUGCUGUGGAGCCUGUGAGGAGCCCCAGCCCCAGCACACACCAUUGUCCUCUGCUGCCUCUGCUUCAUCAGCUUGUGAGCAACAUCCUGCACAGCAAAGGAACAGCCAAGGGUGCCCAGUGAGCCUGCAGGGGGCUCAGAGCUAGUUCAGAAUGUAUAGAGAAAAAACAGAUUUCCAAACAGAUUUCCAAACUGGAAAAUGUCCAGUGAGAGUGAGUGGAUUCAAGCUGCACUGUAAAUUGAGAUGGAUGAAUUACAUCAGUGGCAGACUUGCAUAGCUAAAGGGAACUCUCCUUAUAAUACCAGCUUUAAUGAGUGUUUUUCUAACUGUUGGUUGGUUUCCUGUUCUGUAAAACAAGUUUGGCUUGUGGAAAACUGAACUGCUUCUUCUAACAUCAGUGUGUAAGGCAGACCCUGUAACUCUUUGGACCCUGGGAGUUGAUGUAGAAAAGGGAAUACUUUUUUUCUUAAUCCAUGCAAUAAAGAAUUUACAGAAA